AAAUUAACUUAAUUCUAACGAAAUAGAUCGUAUUUAUUAAAUAGAUAUAGGUAGGUGAUAAUAAAAUAACAUGGCAGGUAAUUUUUGGCAAAGUUCACAUAACCAACAGUGGAUUUUAGACAAGCAGGACCUAAUCAGAGAUCGCCAACACGACUUGAAUAUACUGCCAGAAGAUGAAUAUCAGAAAAUAUUCAAUUUCUUUGCAAGCAUCAUUCAGGUUCUUGGAGAACAGCUGAAGCUAAGACAACAAGUGAUUGCGACUGCUACGGUGUAUUUCAAAAGGUUUUAUGCAAGGAAUUCUCUCAAGACAAUCGACCCACUACUUCUAGCACCAACAUGCGUGUUUCUUGCCUCGAAAGUCGAAGAAUUCGGUGUGAUAUCAAACUCACGGCUUAUAACCACAUGCCAGACUGUUAUUAAGAACAAAUUUAGUUAUGCCUAUGGCCAACAAGAGUUUCCAUACAGAACAAAUCACAUAUUAGAAUGUGAGUUUUAUUUACUGGAGAAUUUAGAUUGUUGUUUGAUCGUGUACCAACCAUAUAGACCAUUACUACUCUUUGUGCAAGAUAUAGGGCAAGAUGACCAGUUACUCACAUAUGCUUGGCGGAUAGUCAACGAUUCUUUGAGAACUGAUGUCAGUUUGCUGUAUCCUCCUUACCAGAUUGCAAUAGGAGCUCUUCAUAUAGCAUGUGUUAUGCUUGGCAAGGAAAAUUUAAAGCCUUGGUUUGCAGAAUUGAAUGUUGACAUGGAUAAGAUACAAGAAAUUGUACGCUCCAUCAUUAACCUGUAUGAGAUGUGGAAGAGUUAUGAUGAGAAGAAAGAAAUACAAGCCCUGCUUGCUAAGAUGCCCAAACCAAAGCCAGCUCCACAAAGAUAAUAUACAAAUGUAGAAUGUAGCCAUAGGGGACAUACUCUAAAUAUACUUCACAUUCAGCUAAUCAAGUUAGAAGUUCAUCUGUCAUUUCUAACUUUAUAUAGGGUUAGUAAAAUCAGUAUCUAUACCUAUCCAAAUAAAAAAGAAUGCAUUUAUUAAAUUCUGUUAUGGCUUGGGAAAUCAUAUCUUAUAUUUCCUAAAUGAAAAUAUUAUGUCAAAAACUUUACAGGUUCUGUGGCAACUUGCACUUGAUAUUAGAAAGAGUUUUGGAAAUGGAAUGCCUAUAUUUUUUAAAUUAUUGGUUUAUGUAUCAUCUGAUGUGAUUUUUUAUAAAUCAUUAUACAUUUGACUCACAGGUGUUUGAGCCAUACAUCCACAAUAAUAUAAUGCGCUUUAAGACAUUUCUACGUAUAGAAAUAAAAAUAUGACAUGUACCUAUGUUGGUAUACUAAUUAGUUUAAGUAUAAUUAUUAGUAUUAUAGUACUAUAAUAAAUAUUAGUAUUGUAGUAUCUAAUUUAAUCUGUUUUGUUCUAUAAGACUGACAGUUGUAAUUGAACACCUCAAUAAAAAGUAAUUUUUAAA